CGUUGGAACCCAAAUCAGGGCAUCCAAAGCCCUCUUCCCAAACAAACAAAACCCCCUCCAAUUCCAAAGCUCAAGAACCACAAACCCCAAGAUUUGCACCUGCGGAUCACCCAUACACUCUCUUAUCCUACACCAGCGGCCACCUCUUUGAGGAUUUCCUCACGUCACCGUCCAAAAGAAGGACCUUCUAGAGAUGCUGUGUCUAAAAACCGCCCCGUAUCUUCACCGCCCUCUCCUUCCUUUGAAGCCAUUGCUCUCCCGCCGCUCCCGUUCCUUAUUCUCACCGCCCCGCUGCGAUCUCCGCCCGGCGACAACCGCCGUCCAGAUGUCCACCUCAGCGCCCAUCUCCCACCGUCGAACACGUCGUCCUCUUCAAGGCCCGUGAAUCCACCGAGCAAGCCAAGAUCGAGGCGAUGAUCACGAAUCUCCAAGCACUCUCCAGCCUCGGGAUCACCACCCACCUCGUCGCCGCCCCCAUCCUCCGCCUCCGUUCCGGCGCCGCCACGGCUGCCGCCUUCACUCAUCUUCUCCAUAGCCGCUACUCCUCCCCCUCCGAUCUCGCCGCGUACGCCUCAGAUCCCCGCCACGUCGCCGUCGUGAAGGACUCCGUCCUUCCUAUCUGCGACGACAUCAUGGCCGUCGAUUGGCUCUCUGAUCUCUCCUCCGGCCCGAUCGCCCCGCCUCCGGGAUCCGCCGUGCGGCUCACCCUCGCCAAGCCGAAGGAGGGCAAGAAGCUGGAGCUGAUGGCGGCUUUAGAGCAGGUUAAGGCGUCGGCAGCGAUGAAGCUCGCCGGGCAAGUGAGCUUCGGGGAGAACUUCUCCCCGGCUAGGGCAAAGGGGUAUGAGGUUGGGUUCAUAGCGGUGUUUGACGGCGUGGAGGCGCUUGACGGGUUGGAAAAGGAUGAGGCUUUGGUGGAGGAGGAGAAGAAAAAGCUCAGGCCUUUGCUUGAGAGUGUCAUCGUCGUGGAUUUCGUCGUGCCGCCGGCUCCGGCUCCGGCAAGUCUUUGAUUGCGUUUAGGCUCAAAAACGCUUCCUUUCUUCGUUUUCUUGCUUUAAUUUAAGGGAAAAAUUAGAGCUUUUCUAAUAGAUGAUUAUUAGUAAAAUUAUGCAGCAGUAGUGUGAUUUCCAUUGUUGUUUCUAAUAAAUUUACCAAUGUUGUACUCGGAUUAAUUUUAUGUUGUUUGUUUGGAUGGAUGAAUAACUUUUGUUA